GAGCUGCCAAAGGAAGUGACACGUGCGGAGAAUGAAUGUGUGCACUCGAGUUUGAUAGAUGUGAUUAACAGACAGCUGGAGGGCGGGGAUGUUGAGGAACUACUGACGCCACCUCCUGCGUCGUGUGGCUGCAGCGGGAGGAGUCGCAGCGGGGAGAGCGAAAGUGACAGUCGAAGAGUCGGUGUCGGUGAGGAUGGUCUGUGCCGGGGUCAGUUUAUCUGCUGGAGAUGAUCCGGUGAGAGGUCGAUGGUUCUUCAGAUGGAUCCGCGGUCUCUGUGUCUCUCUCUCUGCGCUGUGAUCGCGUCUCUGCUCGCGGCGGCGCGCUGCUCCUCCGUAGACAAAAAUAAUUGUUCUUGUGCAGAAAUCCCUCAAAUGCCUCGAACGAAGCCUCCACCCGAGAACUGUUCUGACACUUUCCGCUACACGUGUGAAGAUGGUUACGUGAGGAAAGUGGGAACUUCGAACCUCAUCAAAUGUUGGAAAAAUAACAGUCCUCCGAAGUGGAACAAGAGCACACUCCAAUGCAUACCCGACCCACGGAGAACCACAACACGACCGCCAAUGAUCCCAGUAACAACUGUGCCUUUCACCGACCUUCAGAUGAAUGGAAGCUUCUCAACUGCAGUGGUUCUGGAGUCAAACAGCGUCCAGUCAACAUCACUUGGUGUGCAGGGCGAUCACUCACAGGCAACAUACCGGACGACACCAGACUCAUCCAACCAGUCUCCCAGUAACAGGACGGAUAAUUCUCACCUGUCCGGCCACAGUGACCAAAGACUUGGCACAACAACAACAACGCUAAUUGUCUGCGCCUCGCUGGUGAUCGCCUGCACUUUGAUCGGAAUCAGCUACGCGUGCUAUAGAAGGAGGUCACAAAACAAUUACCCGCUGGCGACAGAUGAAGAAAAGAUGUCUAUGAGUACCAUUCCAGCUGGACCGGUGUCGUAGAGAUUGUAACAGUUUCAAGAAGUUUGACACUAUUUUGACACUUAAAUGCGAGUUUUGACUUGUUUUUAUCCUUGAAUCGGAUUGGACUAUUACAGUCCUAUCACAAAGCAGAGUCAAACUGUCCAAUCAGAGAACAGGUUGAUGAGCUUCCUGAAAUGUGGGCGUGCACCGUCCACGAAGGUAACUGGCUUUGCUCUGUGAUUGGACUGUCUUUGUCCAAUCAGAAUCAGGUAUAAAAACGCAGUACUUGUAACUAAAUGUCAUACAAAGUGUGUGAACUUUGGAACACGCACACUUUCAUUUUAUUUUUGGAAUACAUUUUUUUUUUCUGAACAUCACUUUACAAACUCAAAUCUCAUCGACCCCAGUGAGCGCUCAUAUUAACAGCACAGAGGCAUAAUAAUUCAAAAGGUCAACACCAAGGUGUCGCUCUCGUAUUGACUCCUGCAGGCUCAUUGGGUGUGAUGAGGUGAAUGACUGAUCAGCCAAUAAGGUCAUAACCAUAGACCAUAAAUAAAGAUGGAUGACAAAAGUGAAGCCAAAGUGCAAUGAUAAAAACAAUGUGAAACGUCCACACCAGCAUCACUACUGCGCAGAUUCGGGCUCUAGAUGAUGUUCUCGAUGUACUCUGGGUUAGAGGUGGAGACAUGCCGUCCUAAACCUUAUAUAUCGUCUGUUGGUCAUACAAGCAAGAACUUAACAACCCUGGUGGAAAAUGCUAUACUACAUAAUAAAACCAUGUAGGGGUUUUUUUUUUAUCAAAGAACUUGUCAAUAGCCCCUCAAAAUGCUUAAAUAUAAAGGAAGUGACCUCACUAGAAUAACUGGUAGCUACAUCCCUGGUUGUGUGUGACACAGUGGUCUUCUGUUUGUUCAUGCAUGAUGUUGAUACAGGUCAUGACUUUAGGAAGUAAAUGUUCAUUUACUAUAAAAUUGAAAUAUAAUAAUUUCACACCUGAUUUUAUGUACACUGUACAACUGAAUGUGUAAAAGAUAUAUUUUUUCACUUUUUUACCUUUAUUUAUUAUUGUCACAUUGACUAAAGCCUCUGAAAUGCGCGCUGCGUCAUAGCUGCUUAGUGGCAUUAACUCAUGUUCUGUUAAAAUGCACACAUGGCCUUCUGAUCAUUUUUUAAUCUCACUUGUCUUUCUUCCUGUCAUGUAAACAGCAUUUUCUGUCUCUCAACCUGAUUAAGGUCAAACUUGGAGUAAGCAAUAUUUGACAUGUUGCAUAUUCCAACCUUGGUCACAUUAUAUAGAGAUGUACACGUGUGAAUGGCAUUAUAAAGUCCAAUUCGAUGUUUUGCAGUAUUUUACAACAUCGACAGUUUGACAUAAUCUGACUAGUGUCUAUAAUAUUCCACUAAUGUCUUAUAUAAUAAGGUCAAUAGUGAGAAUAUUGCUGUUGUCUUGUGCAGUUGAAGAAAAUAAAAUCAGUGAAAACACAA